GAGAAGACUUCGACCCAAAUGGGUAUUUUUGCCUUCCUUAAACCCUAGACUCCCACAACUCGCAGAUCUCUGUGUCUCUCCUCUCGCUAAGGUGUCUGUUGGAUCCUUCAUCUCUGUAAUGGCUGCCAACAACGAUAUGCCGACCGCAUUAGACAAGGAACAGAUCUUUGGAAUGGCAGAGAAGGAGAUGGAGUACAGGGUUGAAUUGUUUAACAAGCUAACCCAGACAUGUUUCGCCAAGUGUGUUGAGAAAAGGUACAAAGAAUCCGAAUUAAACAUGGGUGAAAACAGCUGCAUUGACCGCUGUGUUUCAAAAUAUUGGCAGGUCACAAAUCUCAUAGGCCAGCUGCUUGGUUCUGGCAGACCACCUAUGUAAAUCUUCGCCUGCGAUAUUCAAUAAUACUUGAGGAUUCUUUAGAUCUUUAGUCCAAGCCAUGAACCAGGGAAGUUAAUGUCCACAUUUUGCCAGAAUUUUUGCAGAUUCUUGUUUUGAUGAUUUAUGAAUCAUAUAAUAGUUUACUUGAUUUCUUUUCAAACGGUAUGUAUAUCGUGUCGUUGGAGUUAAAAGCAACUUUUGGUGUUAAUGGCCUCAC